AUGUCGGUCGUUGAGAAUGCCCUCGGCGUUGCACACUUGGUGCUGCGCCAGGAUUCCACCGAGUCCGGCGCCUCUGGGUCCGUGCCUGAGGACCUCAUUGGUACUCCUGGCUACUGUGACACCAGCAACGAGUACGACGGAAGAAUGGGCGUGAGGAUCUCAUCCAUCUUCGUCAUUCUGAUUGGCUCUCUACUCGGUGCUUGGUUCCCCGUCUGGGCUCGCCGCCAUGCGGGUUCCAGCAUGCCCGAGUGGCCCUUCUUCGUCGCCAAGUUCUUCGGUUCCGGUGUCAUCAUUGCAACCGCCUUCAUUCAUCUGCUUGCGCCCGCUGUCGAGGCUCUCACCAAUGAGUGCUUGACCGGCCCCAUCACCGAGUAUGACUGGGCUGAGGGCAUUGUCCUCAUGACCGUCAUGGUGCUCUUCUUCGUCGAACUCAUCGCCAUGCGCUACGCUCACUUCAACGGCCACGACCAUGGCCACGAAGAUGUCGAGGCCGACGGUCACGCCAUGGCCACCACCAAGGACGACGUUGAUAUGCACAAGAGCGCCGACAGCAUUGAACCCGCCGCGACCACGCCCGGCCAAGACCACCUCGGCCACAGCCGUGAACACGCCGCCAACGAGGAGUUCAAAGAGGACUGGGAGAACAAGGGUCUGUCGCCUGAGUCAUACGCCGCUCAGCUCACCGCCAUUUUCAUCCUCGAGUUCGGCGUCAUCUUCCACUCGAUCUUCAUCGGCCUGACGCUCGCCGUCUCGGGCGAGGAGUUCACCACCUUGUACAUCGUCCUCGUCUUCCACCAGACCUUCGAGGGUCUCGGUCUCGGUUCUCGUCUGUCUGCCGUCCCCUGGCCCAAGAGCAAGCGCUGGACCCCCUACCUGCUUGCCAUCGGCUUUGGUAUCUCGACUCCCAUUGCCAUCGCCAUCGGCCUCGGUGUCCGCAGCAGCUUCGCCCCUGAGAGCCAGACCUCGCUCAUCGCCAACGGCGUCUUCGACUCCAUCUCGGCCGGUAUUCUCAUCUACACCGGCCUCGUCGAGCUCAUGGCUCACGAGUUCAUGUUCUCCCCGAGCAUGGCCAAGGCUCCCAUCAAGAAGGUCAUCUCUGCCUUCGUCUUGAUGUGCUUGGGCGCCGGCCUGAUGGCCCUGCUUGGCAAGUGGGCGUAA